AUGGACAGUCCAGCUACUUCAAAGAACAGUGAAGAAUGGAGUUCAGAAGAGCUGAAGGCGUUAUUUGAUUGUAUAAAUCAGCGCGGAGCACAUGAAAAUUAUUUAAAGCAUAUAUUUGAACGCAUUGAAACCCGUUCGGAAGAUGAAAUUAGAGCUAAAAUUGUUGAAAUACGCGGUUUGGUAAAGGAGAGGAAUGAUAAGAAAAUGCACGACCAGUUGGAAAAAUGGCUGAAAAACGACACUUUACUUUCUGAUAUUUCAGAGGUCAAAACAUGGUCCACUGCUGUCGAUAAAAUACAGAUGGCUAAGCGAAAAAUUAUGGACCGGACCUGUGAUGCUCUAAUGGGCUAUUUUUGGGAUGAAUUUGAAUCUUACGCGAAGGACGGUGAAAAACAGUUCCUGUUGUGUACAGACUCUCAGUUUGCCCCGUCUCGGGGUCGAAGGGACGAAGUAGACUUUUCAAAAUUUUACCAGUUCUUCCACUCUAGUUUGAGUAACGACAACUUCAAAACGGAUCUUAGAAGCUUAGAGGCGGCUAUUCUUCUGAGUGUGUAUGAAGAUAUCGUUAAAGAAGUCGAUGACGUAAAAUUUGAAAAAAGAAGGAUGAUGUUCAAGGGGAUGUUUCGUGACAUUCAGGAUGGUCAUCUGUCAGAUUAUGACUUUCGUCAUUGUAAUGGCUAUGAGGACGCAAUCACUGUUCAACUAAAUCCUUUUUGUCUAACAGAAGGUUGUUUAAAUCUCGACGAAUCCAAUGAAUACUCGGAAGAAGCAACGGCAGCUGGCGAUGUAGGACAUGAAAAACUUAACAGUUUAUAG